CCAGCAAGGCAGUCGGAUGCUGUUGCUCGAGCAGUGCGGUCGCUGUGAGGGUGUAACGCUUCUGAAUCGCAUGUUUCUCUCGUCUCCCUUUCUCUUUUGAUCCGAUGUCACGCUCUUAGACUCGGAUUUUUCGGAGUCCUCGCAUCGUUAAGGUCUUGGUUGCGUCUUCACACGCGUCGUAUCUGUUCGUCUCUAUAUGCUGGCGUAUUUCUCCCUUACGGAGCAGCCCGAACAUACGCACUCUGCAACGUCGUGGGGUAUAUUCUCGAAUUGCGUAGACCUCGUGAUCGUCGUGCGUGGAAUAAACGUGAAUCCACGCGAGUUUCGGCUAGCGGGCACUGAUCGUCCGCCGGUGAAAGAGACGUGGAACGCGAGCACCGUGCAUCAUCAGUAUGCACGUUGUUCCCCGCUUUUUGUGACUGGACGUGAUUGGGAUAAUUCUUGGUGGCACUCCACUGUGCUAGGCUCCGCUGCGUCGGCGACAGGGUCGAAAAAUCGUGCGCGACAUUUUUACCAAGCACUCAGCCACGGAGAUGUCACGCUGAAGAGACCUACGAGGGCAACCAGAGGGAGGAGGUCGAAGCUGUGGCCAACAAUGCUCAGAUCCUGAUCGCGGAGCAUCAGGGGCCCCAUAGGGGUGGGGAGGUGGUGGAAGAGAACAGCAAACGCAUCCAUCUGCGCUUGGUUACGAUCUCCAUAGGACGGUAACCGGUUCGUGGUCCUGGAGGAGGCUGGCGAUGAGCAUGUUGAGCAUACUACGUAGAAAUUGGGCACUUCGGGUGUCGGUGGUGCUCAACAUCUGCGUGUUGCUCUACGUGUGCGCUCACUUCGGCUCCUCCGGGCCCUGGAUCGAGGAACCGCCGACAAAUUGGGCGGCGCCGUUGCAAUCCGAGACCUUUGGCGCCGUGGACCUCGUAAAUGGUACUCAAAAGGGCGCCACGUCGUCAGCUGUGCCUGCCAUCAAGGAUGCCUCGAACAAGAGCGCACGCGGUAACACGACCAGUCUAGCCAGGGCGAGGUUGCUCACCACGAGGCCAACGACCAACGAGGCCAAGGCUGAUAACAAGAACGGCGACGGGCCAGAGCACAGGCAUAAUCAGACGGCAAAGAACGGUUUGCCGGUCGUUGAAUCAGCGAUGAGCCUAAAAGAAGCGGUGCAGUGCAACGAAAAAUCCUCGGAACCGAGGAGAGCGCAGCGAGGUGAUUACUGGGUCCUCUAUAAUUACGUGCCGAUGAGCAUAGCGGUGAAAUGUUGGGAAAGCGUGACGUAUACCACGCACGCGGAUUACACGUUCCUGGACAAUCUGGAGCCGUUGCUGGAGCGAUGGAGAGCGCCGAUAUCGAUUGCAAUGCACGCCCCUGGCACAGACUUCGCGGCGACCCUCGACGCCAUCAAGUACUCGAGAAACUGUGGCAGCUCUCUGGUCUCCCAGCUGGUCACCUUUCAUGUAUUCUUCAGUAGCAAACACGUGCCAAAAAUGGUACCCCCGACCGAGAAAGUUAUGUCUGACACGUAUAACUGCACGCUGGGACCACCGUGGGUGAAUGUCACGCUUUCAAAGAUGUAUAAAAACGAGAAGAAGCUGCUGUACCCUGUGAACGUCGGACGUAACAUAGCCCGUGAAUCGGCGCCGACGUUCUACGUGUUAGCAAGCGAUAUCGAACUUUACCCGAAUCCAGACUUGCCCGCGAAAUUCCUCGAGAUGAUCAGAAGGAGGGAUCAACCCGCCCUCUACAAACCUAACCCCAAAGUUUUUGUAUUGUCCAUCUUCGAGGUGGACGAGAAGAGUCAACCGCCUAAUAAUAAAACACGUUUGGUUCAGAUGCUGAAGGCCGGCACGGCAAUUCCCUUCCACAAAAAGUUGUGCUCCGGCUGUCAUAACGUUCCUCGAAGUAAAGAAUGGCAAGAAGCUCCGGAAACGGAGGAUCUUCACGUGUUUCACGUCGGCAAAAGGACAGGCAGUUUCGUUCAUUGGGAGCCGAUUUUCAUCGGGAGCAAUAAUGAUCCUCUGUACGAUGAGAGGCUUAGCUGGGAAGGAAAAAGCGACAAAAUGACACAGGGUUACGCGUUGUGCGUCCUUGACUACGAUUUCCUCAUCUUGGACAACGCAUUUCUGGUCCAUCGUCCAGGCAUCAAGAUCUUCAAGAAGGAUGUUCACCGGGAGAUGUUGACAGCGAAAACGAACGCUUUGAUAAGAAAGAUCAUUGUUCCAGAGUUAAAAAUUCUUUAUGGAACGAGAAAAGGCUGUGCCGUGUAGCCCGUGGAGAAACGGGCACAGCGAGUGCUCCACAGGUGUUCUCCAAUUAAGUGGCAGCACCUGAGAUCAUUCUUGACACCAGGAAUGUCCGAAGCUCAGCAGAAGAUCAACGGCGGUCAUAGCGCUCAAAGACUCGUUUUAAUCGCCCGUGACCAUAAGGACCACGCUCGUCAGCCAUUUCUGGCCGUUUCCGGUGUCGAAACUAAAUUAAAGAACGUUCAGUGCGACUAACAGAUGUCCACGAUUGAAAAUGAUGCCAAUUGAACGGUGCCGAAAGUAAUAGUUACGCAGUUAGGUUCCGAGGACGCAACCUCGCUAAUGUUCUCUCCUCGUUGAAGCAACAACGACGAACCUUUUUUCUCCCCUUGUUGCUGAAUGUUCCAAACGAUUUCUUCAAAAUACAUGGAACAUCGAUAAAAAGGUUCUUAUUAUUGCUUCGUCGAGGACACAACUUUAUGGUUUCAAACUUCUCCUAUGAUCGUUAGUUCCUGCAGUUCCUCCUCGUUUCUCAUCGCUGACUUCUUCAUCUUCUUUGCAGUACAAAAGUGUGAUGGCAGCAUUAAUUAGGAAAAAAAAGAGGGAAUAUUAAUGAAAAAUCGAUUUGUUCAGAGAGACUCAAAGAGUAGUAUAAAAAAUUUUGCUUUCUCACGAUGAUCAUAUUACGUAGUUCGUCUUCGUUAUGAAAGGAUCUUGUUGCGCAUAUUUUCACUUGAGAACGCGUUAGGGCGAACAAUUGUACAUAUUUAGCGUUUUAAAACGGUGCCUCGUAUAUACUUGUACAUUUACAAGAGUGUUGUGUGGUUUGUCGGUGAACGCGUGCAUUUUUUUUCUCAUUCCACGAUUUCCCCAAAGAGGAAACGGAAUCCGUUUCUAACGCGAACGACUGUGGUCAUAAAAACAUGCCAAAAAGAAAAAGGUACACUGCUCAAGUCGACUAAGGAACACAGUGUUCGCAUAAUGAGAGAAAGUAUCUUUACUUUUUAAUUGCUAUUAAUAUUAUUAUUUGGAGCAGUGGAUGUUAAUAACCAAACAAAAACUCUGUAGCUAAAAUUUGGAUGAAAACUGCAUUAGACUAAAAAGUUUGGUUUCUAUAACUCUCUGGAAAAUUUAUUCUUAAAAAAAAGGAAACUAUGAGAAAAUUAUUUAUUAUACCAGCGUGCAGAGUUUUGUAGAAUUUACUGCAAAACCGACUGAAGCCGACGUUUUGUCGACUUAAGUUUUAAUUUUAUGCAUUUACAUGAACAUAUGCGAAGCAGUUUUUCAUUGUUUUUAAAGUCAAAUAUCUUGUUUAAAAAAUAGAAACAUACAAAACCAAAUAUAACUACUAGGUAGUGGAACGAAAAAGAUAUGAAAAAGGAUGAUCCAUUACGCACUUGAACAACACGUAUGAACUACCCUUAUAUUUAAUUAACGAUAUAGUUUCGUUCUUGAACAAAUAUCAGUGGUAAAAAAAAAAAUCAAACAGGGACUAUUCGCGAAUAUUUUACUCUCCCAAGACUGAAGAAACAUUUGAUAACAAUUUACUAGAACAUUUAUCCUAAAGAUCUUUAAUUAAAGAACGUCAAGUCAUUAGUUAUUUAAUGAUUCUUUUAUUAUAGUAUAAUCAAUUAAGGCUAAUAUAUUAACCUUUCUUUGUAUAUCUUUCUUCUAUGUCUGAUAAAAAUGAAUUGGUGCUUCCAAUGCUAGAUAACAAUUACAGCAAUCAUGAAUGGAACGUUGCAUUCGCUUUUACCAUUAAAACGAACAUCGCAUUCGCUUUUACCAUUAAAACGAACAUUGCAUUAUACAAGAUUUCUCAUAAUUAAUAACAAAAUCGAUAAAAACGCAUCUAAAUUUUUUAUCAUUAUAUAUAAGAAAUAACAAAAAAUAUUCAUAGAAACGUAAAAUAUUUUUAAUAAGCAAGGAAUUAUUUUUUCUUUAUGAAUACAACUUAUUUAUUUUUAGUUAUAGAAUGGGGAAUUGUUAUCGAUUUUACCAUUGAUUAUGAGACACUUUGUAUACAAUUGAAAUUGAAGAGAGUAAAAAUAAGUCUCGUGAUGAAUUUCACUCAGCUAACUAAUCAUUUGGUAUCAUUUCCCACGAAAUCGUGCAAGAUCUAUUUCGUAACUGUACAUUAUUUGUGCUAAUACUUUUACUCGAUAAUUACUGGCGAGGAUUACGUGUGCGGAAUAUGUUGAAGAAGGAAGGCAAGAAUUUUUAUGCAAUUGCUAUUUGGUGUAUCAUUAUACGAGAUCAACUUGAAAAACUCUUCUUUAUGAAUGUAUCGAAUGGUGUAUGAAAGGACAAUGUAAAUAUCUCUAUAUGUUUAAGUAUAAGUACAUAACGUAUGACGUAACUGCUACUACUUUUACACGAUUAAUUAGUCACUAAAUGGGAAUUCGAAAUUCUAAAAAAGAUAUAUCGUCAUAAAAUGUUCGAUGUAUCCAAAUAUUUGUGAAUUUUCAGUAACAUUAUUUUUCAAGCCUUAUAGAUGAUAAAUCAUAAUAUUUUAUCGAAGAAGAUAGCAUAAUGGUAAAUAUUUAUGUCUGCUAUUUUCAAUAAUCAAAACUUUGUAUGUAUCUGAGACGGCUUAGUUACUUAUAUCAAACAAAGUAGUAUUCCCAUUUUCUAUUUUAUUUAUCAUGUAAAGCCAACAAAAGAGAAUGCCAUUGUUUAAUGUAAUACUUUUAUUUAGCCAUUUAAAUGUUAUAUGUAUAAUAUGAAAAGAAUAUUCUUUUGAAAGGUGGGAAAAAUAAUGAUUAGGAAUGAAUUUUAAUUUUUAACUUUUAUUUUAAUCAGAUUGUGCAAUUAAUUUCCAUCGUAAUGGAUACCGUGUCAAAAAAAAAAAAAAAAAAAAAAAAAAAAAGAAGAAGAUUGUCAAACAAUGACGGUAAAUGAGUGAGAUGACGAUGAAAAAUGUGCAUAUUCUAUAUCAUUAAGGAUAUUUUCAUUAAUGAAAAAACUAAGUAUGUAUUUUUAAGUAACGAAUUGUAAAUAAAAUUUAGAAUCUUUUCCAUAAGAGUAACUCGUUCUUUAAAGAAUAAAUAACUUUUUUAAUGUGAGUACUCUUAAUGGCGUGUAAUCAUAUGCAGUGCACACACACAUAUAACAUUACGUACAUAUAUUUGCAAUAUUUUUUUUAUCACCGCCCCGUAUAAUCUGAAAAAGGCUAUACACGUGUACAUAUGAUCUUUCGUGAUAAUAAGACUCAUAUAGCAAAUGAGUUCAGUGAAAGAUUUCUCAAAUGAUAUUUGAGAUGAAUUUUUAGGGGAAACGAGAGUCUGACUCGUGUUUUUGUGAUAACCCUAGGGCACAAACUGACUACUAUUUUAGUAAUUACGUUUCACUGGUUGUAAAAAAACAAAUUCAAUUCUCUAGCAAUUUAUUUAACUUCUAAGAACAGUGAAGAAAAUAUCAUUUCUACAUGCGGUACUUGAGUCCUCUUUUUAAAUUUGUAAGACUUCUCAUGAAUUAUUUGAUUUCUUUAGCAAGAAAUUACGUAAUCAGAAUCUAGCAAGGAUAACUUAUGACAAUGGAACGAAUCAUAAAAUAUCAUUUGCCAUGAUCCAUGUAUGAAAGUAUUAAACAAUGUCUUUUUAAAUUAUUUUUUCUUAUUAUCAAAAAUUUAGUAGAUGAUUCUUAUAAUGUUCUAUUAAUAUAAAUAAUUUGGGAAGAAAUAAAAUUGUAGGCGACAUGGUAUUUUCACAUAUGAAAAGAGGGUGAUUACUUUAUUUUCUUGAAAACUCAGAAUUCUAUGAAACAAGUUCCUUUCGUCCUCUUGCCUUUUUUCCAUUUAUCGGGGCUUUGCAAUCACGUAUAAUGGUUGCUCAUAAGUAAUAACGUGUAUUCUGUGCCUUAUCGUCUUUGUCAUUUAAUGGGUAUGCGUAUACAUAUGGUGCAUGAGAGUGUGUUUGAACUGAAGCACGUUAAAAUGCCGAUUCAAUUACUCUAGAUAGUUAAUUGUAAUAAUAAACGAGUUUCAUGAUGUAAUAAAUCUUUGAAAUAUUCAUGGCUACAAAAAGAAAAAUGAAUUACAUUUUUAGCACAUAAUUGAUAAUCAAUAAUGCAUAAUUAAUUAUUGUUACUAAUCCUUCUAAUAGCGUAGUAAAUUUUACUGUACCACAUCGUUACAUCGAAUAUUUUAACAUUUUCCGAUUAUUAAUUCUUUAGAGAUUCAUUAAGAUAUAAUUAAAUAUUUUACAAAAUUUUCUGCUUUGUAUGUAAUUCAUUUUUUUUUUUUUUAAUGAAAUAUUUUCAAAUGAUUUGUAACACUUUGUGAUACAUUUUAUUAUUAUGACUAACACAUUGAUGAAUUCAAUACACUUUUUGUAAUAACAAGAAAAGGAUUAAUAUUUCUCCUUCUAUUGGAUGUUCAGUCUGUUAUUGCGUCAAUUUUUUUAAGCUUCAUUGAUUAUAUACUGAAUUAAUCUUUUUUAAUUAGGCACUUUUUAUAAAUGAGUACCAGGCCGCAGAAACAUUAUAAAACUAUGGAAAAAAUAAAUAAAAUUAAAUAUAUGUAUUACAAGUACUAAUGAUACAAAUUUUCUGUGUUGUUACAGUGUUGUUCGUAAAACAAUGUAUUACUCUUAAAUAAUUUUAGACUAUGAUCCUUUAUGACAAUUCAAAUAUCUUCAAUUUGAUGAAAACUUGUAACAAUUUCCACGUGUCAUGAAAAUUAAAUUAGCAGAAUUGUGCAAUCACACCAUCUUUUACCAUAUUUGUAAAAAUAUAUAAAAUCUGCUUUCAUUGUCAAUACAUUUUUUAUCAAAGAAUUGUUUUUACAUUUUGGCAUGAUGCAUUAAGUAAUUCAGUGUUCUUAAAAUGAAAGUUUGAAUAACCAGAAUUUGAUAUAAGUCUCAAAAUGUACACUAAUUAUUAAAUGAAUGUUUUCCUUGCAUAGAAUUCUGAAAGAUAUAUUAAAAUAAUUAAAAAAGAUAUAAAUAUAAUGUUAAAAAAAAUAGUAAUGCAUACUUUCUAGCAUACAUUUUAGGUUUAUAAGUUUCAGUAUUAUCUUGUAAAAUUGCAGGUAACUUUUAUAAGCUUUGGAUAUUCCAUCUGUGAGUUUAAUAACAAAAAGACAAAAGGAAAGAAAAAGAAAAAAUAUGCACUUUGUGUUAGAUUAUAUACAAGUAUGUAUGAUAAUUCUUCUAAGGAAUCAUAUUCUGUCGCUUCUUAUAUUUCUAUUUACAUUGUAAUCCAUCACCAAUACUGUAUUUGGAUAUCUUUGUGUGAGUGAUGGUUUCAAAACAAAGAGAAAGUAUUUAUUAUUGAUAUAUAAGUUAAAUGAAUAUCUAGCAUGUACAUUGUUAUGUAUGAUAUAUAAAUUAACAUUAUACCUUUAAAUGUAUGUGUAUAUGAGCUAAGCAUAUUCGUGAAAAUGCCUAUAAAUAAUAUUAUGAAAUCACAGAAAAAGAAAAAUCUGACUUACUUGUGUCUCUGUAUAUAUGUAAAAUUGUAUUUUUUCAAAUAACAGCAUAGAAAUAUAAACAAUCGUUUAAAUUAUUUUUGAAAUAUCCAAUUUGCAUCUCAGUACCAUAUAAGUUUGCUCAAUUUUAUUUUACUUGAUAACUGUACGUAAUUUCAGUCUUCUAAAUAUCUAAAACGGUAGAAAGAACAGUGAAUUAAUUUGAUUCUGUAUUUUAUUAAGAAUUGUAAACUUUUUAAACAUUUUUAUGAUAACAUAAAUAAAUAGAUAAAUAUUUUUUCCAUAAUUCAAGAGUUAUAUUCAAGUUUGUAGGCAAAGUACAACGAAGGCUUAUGCUGGUAUUCGCGAAGAAAAUAUUUGCUAAAAACAUUUGUAUAUUUCAGUUUAUUUAAUUAAAAUAUACAGAUUUGAAACGUGA